AUGGCCUCUGACAACUCUACGUGGACACCUGAGACUGUGCUCUCUACGCUCCCCCACCGUCCAGAGGAGAACUCUGCGUCACCCGUCCCCUUCUUCCACUUGAUCGAGCGCCUUAAGACCACCAAGCGCGAGGGCUGGCGCCGCUUCGGUAUCAAUGGCGAGUCCAUCUCUGACCAUAUGUACCGCAUGUCGAUCAUGACGAUGAUGGCCCCGCCGUCCCUGGCAACCAAGAUCAACAUCCCGCACUGCACAAAGAUGGCCUUGAUCCACGACAUGGCCGAGGCGCUUGUUGGCGAUAUCACUCCAGUCGACUACCAUAUCACCAAGGCCGAGAAGGCUCGUCGCGAGGCCUCCGUUAUGGACUACAUCACCACGACCCUCCUCGGCAAGGUUCCCGGAGGCAUCUUGUCCGGCGAGGAAAUCAAGAAAGUGUUUGAGGAAUACGAGAAGGACGAGACUCUGGAGGCCCACUUCGUGCAUGAUAUCGAUAAGAUGGAGCUGCUGUUGCAGAUGGUUGAGUAUGAGCGCUCGAAUGAGGUUGAUCUCACGGAAUUCACCCACGUCGCCUCGCGCAUUCGGUUGCCAGAGAUUCAAGCAUGGGCCGCGGAGGUAAUCCAAGAGAGGCCAAAGAAAGCAUAA